AUGCCAUUUUUUAAAGCUUGCCCCUCGAUACGUUUUGGAUCGGUUUUGCAACCUGAAGAGGUGGACAACUUUUACGUGGCCACAACGGAAAGUUCAGGAACUUGUGGCGGAAACAGCUCAUCAAUCACUUCAAGUGCAGGCCAACAUCAUGGUCCAGGUCUCUCACCCAACCGACCACAUCCAGAGAGGAUGCCCGAGGGACAACCUCUCACUCGUGCACUGGAUCCUAUUGAUCCUGCUGUGACUGCCACUCCAGCAGCAACCUCAGGCGCAAUAGGGAUCGCAGGAGCCGGAGGUCCAGGUGUUGGUGGUGCUGGUGCUGGUUCUCCGAGUUCCACAUCUGUUUCCACAACGGCGGCGUCCGCAUUGGCAGCUGGUGCCGCAGCUGCCGCUGGGGCGAAACGCUUCAAAUGGCACCUCGGUAUCCGGUCACAAUCCCGUCCCUGGGAUAUUAUGCAGGAGGUCUUUCGUGCUAUGAGCACCCUGGGCUAUGAGUGGAAGGUUAUCACGCCAUUCAAUAUUCGCGUACGCAAAUGGAACCCCGUGCUACAACAUCACUUCAAGAUUAUGCUGCAGUUAUACCAAGUGGAUACGAGGUCGUAUCUCCUGGAUUUCAAGUGUAUUGAUGAUACGAAGAAUGACUCGGAUUCACUCCUCAAUCGACGUAGAUCAGGAAAUGUGUCGAUGUGUUUUGAUGGCAAUUCAUCAGGAUCACCGAUGAACACACUCGGUGCAGCUUCUCAACUCUCAGCGUCGGUGCCUCCAACAAGUGGUUUUGGUAUUCCUAUGGAUGUUGGAGACAGUAACAACGGAUCUUCUGCUGCCGCUCCCUCACAGUUCCCUAUGUCUCCGGCUGCAAUGAGGUCGGGUGGUGUGGGAGUGCGCCAUCAGACUAUGGAAUUCUUUGAACUCUGCACUGAACUCAUUACCACCCUUGCUCGAUGA